CGCCGGGGACACGGCGGGAACACAGUGAGGACACAGCGGGGAUACAGCGGGGACACACUGGGGACACGGGGGACGCCGCCGCCAUCCCCGCCCGCGCCGCGGUGCAUUGUGGGAAACGCCCCGCGCUUGGCGCCAAGCGCGCCCGCCGUCCCGCGCAGUGCAUUGUGGGGCGCGCCCUCCCCGGCCGGGCCUAAAGGCACGGGGCGCCGCACCGGACGUGACAUCACGCAGCCUCCGCUGUUUAAGCCGCUGCCGGGAGGUGCGUCUUUCACCUGCCGCGAGGACCGGAGGCUCCCCACGGUUCAACGGAUCUCCCGCAGCCUCCCGCCGCACGCCUGCACCAUCCGCACGGACUCGGCAGCUCCGAAGCGGCAAGAACCGAGGGACUACUUUGCGGUGGAACCGCGCAUGCGCGGGGCGGAAGAGUGAGGGCGCGGCGGCGGACGCGUGCGCUGCCGAUCCGCCGUGAGCGCGGGCGGUGCUGCGGCCGGUGCUGCGUCCCGGGGUGAGAUCGGUGCGCGCAGAGGCAGCGCGAGCGGAGCCGCGGGCGCCAUUUUGAAGCGGCGGUCGGGGGAGGUGACGAGCGCUCCGAGAGCCCGGCCCGGCCCCGCCACCGCCGCCCCGCGCCGCCCGCACCGCCCCGCGCCGCCGCAAACAUUGCCGACCUCGCCAUGUCCGGCGGCGGCGUCAUCCGCGGCCCGGCCGGCAAUAACGACUGCCGCAUCUACGUGGGGAACCUGCCCCCCGACAUCCGCACCAAGGACAUCGAGGACGUGUUCUACAAGUACGGCGCCAUCCGCGACAUCGACUUAAAGAACCGCCGCGGGGGCCCGCCCUUCGCCUUCGUCGAGUUUGAGGACCCCAGGGACGCGGAGGACGCCGUCUACGGGCGGGACGGCUACGACUACGAUGGGUAUCGCCUCCGCGUGGAGUUCCCUCGGAGCGGCCGCGGCACCGGCAGAGGCGGCGGCGGCGGCGGAGGGGGAGGAGCCCCCCGGGGCAGGUACGGCCCCCCGUCCCGGCGCUCGGAGUACAGAGUGAUCGUCUCGGGGCUGCCUCCAAGUGGAAGUUGGCAGGAUUUAAAGGAUCACAUGCGUGAAGCAGGUGAUGUAUGUUAUGCUGAUGUUUUCCGAGAUGGCACUGGUGUCGUGGAGUUUGUGCGGAAGGAAGACAUGACCUACGCUGUGCGAAAGCUGGAUAACACUAAAUUUAGAUCCCACGAGGGAGAAACUGCCUACAUCCGUGUUAAAGUUGAUGGCCCAAGAAGCCCAAGCUAUGGAAGAUCUCGGUCCCGCAGCCGUAGUCGUAGCAGGAGCCGUAGUCGAAGCAACAGCAGAAGCCGCAGUUAUUCCCCAAGAAGAAGCAGAGGAUCUCCACGCUACUCUCCCCGCCACAGCAGAUCCCGAUCUCGUACAUAAACAUCACUCUAGCUCUGAUCUUUUUGUAGAACCCCAUGUUGUACACAGUUUUCCUUUACUUAGUACAGUCUUUCAUUUUUUUUUAAAUUCCAACUGUUUUACUCGGAUUGGCUGAAGUGUUGAAUUGCAUUCUUGUGUAAAAUCCCUAGUGAGUAUUUGCUCCUCGACACCGACAUUCCCCUCCUGUCUUUGGUAAAUUGUAUUUUAAUUGCUGUCAGUCAGGAUUGUUCCGGUUUAGUUCUAGUUCAAUACCAACAUUCUUGGAGCCGUGGUAUUGCUGUGUAAAUGUCUCAGUGUUCCGCUGUGGUCGAGACGAGCUGGGGAUGUUGGGAUGUUUGUGGCUAACUUGUCUCUUCUGGGGGAAUCUUACAUUUUAUCUUGCCUUUUCGUGUGUCUUUCUGUAGACAUAUCUGAAGAGAUGGAUUAAGAAUGCUUUGGAUUAAAGGAUUGUGGAGCACAUGUCAAUCAUUUUAGGAUUGUCAAAAGGAGGAUUGAGGAGGAUCAGAUCAAUAAUGGAGGCAAUGGUAUGACUCCAAGUGCUAUUGUCACAGAUGAACUUGGCAGUAUUGACCUUAUACUGAGAGACAGGGGAAUUGAGGCCGAGCACAUACGUGUCCCCACGUGUCGCUUCACGCGUGUUCUCGUGACCGCAGGCUGCGAUUGCUCUUCUCUUUUAAAACUUCCUUCUCUGGGGGGGCAAUUGCGGCCAAAUCCCUGCUUUUGUAAAUCUCUAUUCCGUUCUAGUUUUUUAAAGGAGUAAUGGGGGCCGGGGGGGAGCGUUGGUUUAUUUGUCCCGCAGUGUUUGGUUACAAGUGUCCAUGUCCGUAGUAUCCGUACACUUGUAGUAGAACUUGCAAUCAGAGUAUAAUAUCAAUACUGCUAAAAUCUGCAUGUCCUCUGUGUGACUGAUACAGCGUGGCUGUUGCAUUUUUAUAAGUACCAGAAUGAAAGCAAAAUAAAAAUAGCAAACCUAGUAGGGAAUAAUUUAAGUCUCAGCCCUGCCCCCUCAGACUAAUUCACGAUUGACUCACAAUCCGUGUGAAAACACCGAUUGUUAACGUUCCCUCCAGCUGGGAGUGCAGCUGUAGUCCAGCCAUUCCAUAGUAGGUGGAUAGACCGAGCAGUUAAAGCUUUUCCAGUUUAGUAAAACCAUUUUUUACAACCACAAAACCUCGUACCCACCAAUGCGCUGAGUAUGUUGGCAUUUCCGGUUGACAUAUUGUAAAUAUUUACAAUGUUUCCUCCACAUAGUAAUUAACGUUUCUAAAGAAAUUAUCUGAGCAUCACCAUUGGAAAGUUUGUUUUGGGGAAUUGAUAGUUAUUACUGUACAUCUGAAUUAAUUGAUGGCAAACAUAACUGAUCAUUCCCCAGAAUCCUAUUUUUUCAUUACAGUAUCUAACUUUUUGCCUCCUCUUUUUUGGUUUUGCUGGUUAUAAAGGUUUGGAUUGGAGAGGGCUCACUGGAUCCCAAUCCUUGGAGCUGGAUCAUUGGAUUCAAAUCAUAAUGUGGAUAGGAUAGGGAGGCUGAAUUACAAGGAUUCAUGGAGCGGGAUCAAAUUACCAGGAACAUAGGAGUGGAUUCCUGCCCCAACCAAACCGCAUUCGUGUGGAGUUUUUUUAUUCAACUCAAUUGGCUAUUCCAAAGAUAUUUUUUUUCCUAUUUUUGACGAUUGGAGCCCUUAAGAUGCACGAUGGAGUUUUGCAUUUUUUUGGUAAAAGGAGCAAAGCGAGGACCUGGAGAGGUACGCUGGAGCAAUCUCCUUGGAAGGAUUCAGCACGAGUAGAUGGUAAACCUUUAAGGGGAAAAAGGGGGGUUUGUUUUAAAAAAAAAAAAAAGUCAUUUCUCUAAAUUUAAAGACCAAAAUUGGAGCUAAAGAUGACGUAGGUUUCAAUUGGCCAUUGCUUUUUUUCUUUGACAAAUAAAAUUUUUACAAAAACA